AUGAUGGACACCAAGGUUCUCUCGCGAGAUGAUAUUGACAACGAAACACUCGAGAUCAUAGCCGAAGCGUGCCAGACUUCGACGAGGGAUAUUGAGGACAUCUACAGCUGCGUACAUCAACAACUCGACCAUGUCAGCCACAGCCAGCCGGGCCGAUCCGAAUGGUUUCAAAUCGUGCUCUCCUUUGAUGAGGGGAUAGAGCUUGAACGGUGGUGCAGGGCUCUGCAGAGAGUCGUGAGGGCUAACGCCGUGUUGCGCACGAGAUUGGUUCAAUGUCGGGGGCUGGGAGUGUUACAGGUGGUCAUCAAGGAGGACCACGCCACAGAACACCUCUCUGGAGACGUUGAGGAAUAUUUGAGAGAUGACCAGGCUCGACGGAUGGACUUUGGGGUCCCUCUUUUGCGCUCAGCCUUCAUCGACAGAAGCUUUGUUCUGACCAUUCACCACGCCAUUAUGGACUACUGGUCGUUAACCACGCUAGUUCAGCAGGACAUCGUCAUGGCCUUCCUUGGAGAAGCACCUCCGGAAAGACCUCAGUUCAAAGAGUUUGUGGCUCACUGCCUCGCCAUCGACGAAGGAGCCGCCAAGGCCUUUUGGGCCUCCCGCUUUGAUAGCCGCCGUCUUCCCGUCAUCUUCCCGCCUGUUCCACCUGGGCAUACACCCUACCCCAGCCAAGUCGUGGAGAAAGAAAUCGUCUUGACACACCAGCUGGGCCUCAGAAGCAUCUCCCCAACACACGUCCCCACUUUCGCCGAGGCCGCUUGGGCACUUACAGAGGCCACUUACGCCGACAGCGACAGCAUCUCGUACGGAUUUGUCCUUUCUGGACGCUCCCCGACGCUUGGCGGCCUCGAAUCAACCCUGGGACCGAUGCACGUCGAGGUGCCCAUGCAAGUCAACCUCAACAUCCAACAGCGCAAGGGCAUGACGGUGGAGCAACUCGUGAAGGACAGGGCAGCCUCGCUGCGUCAACUCCAAGCACACCCCGCACUCCAGUACGGCUUGACCAACAUCUCUCUUGUGAACGAAGCGGCCCAGGUCUCGUCCAAAUUCCAGACGCUUUUCAACAUCAUCCCCGCGCUACCUCCGAAGUUCUCCGCCGCGUCUGACGCACCAGCCCCGAUACGGAUGGAUCGUGUGCUUUGGCAGGCGCGGACGCUACCGGCCUUGAUACUACGCUGCAAACUGGAGUCGAUCAACCGAGAUGGAGCAACGCAGGGUCCUGGGGCGACUAGGAUUUUGCUCAAGACUUUGUACGACCCCGCAGUCCUCCCUGAACGGCAGCUACAUCGCAUUCUGAAUCAGUUUGAGCAUACACUUCGCGUGCUGGCCGAGGUUCCUCUGACCUCCAGAUUGGACAGGCUUCCGCUCUUCAACAAGCAUGAUUUGGGUGAAGUGAUGCGCUGGAAUCAUGAUGGAGCGUUGAGAAACGGAAGGUCCAUCGAUGCCGCCUUGGGCGCAUUGUUUCCAGGAAUCCCCUCGGGCCGCUGCAAAGUUUGGUUGGCAAGCCUGCAGAAUCCCAACGAACUUGCGCCGAUUGGGAGCGUAGGACAGCUUUGGCUGGAAGGCCCGGAGCUUUCUUCCGCUUCCUCUCCCUACCUCUUGUCAACCUUGCAACAGCAAGUUCCUCCGUGGGUGUCAUCCUCUGACAGCCACCACCCACAACCCACCGGACUGUUCAUUCGCACAGGGUAUCUCGCCAAGUAUAUCGAGACAGGCAGCGGGGAAGAUAACGAGCUGUGCGUCGUGGGACGACAAGAGAGCCGGGUCAAGAUAAACAAUCAAACGGUUCAGUUGGAGGAGGUCGAGUGCUUGAUUAUGCACCAUGACGAUGUCCAAGACGCUGCCGUUUUCACCAAAAUCGCUGCUGGGCGCACGCAACUCGUCGCAAUGGUUGUGCCAAGAUGCACCGUGACCUCUGGCGAUACGGACUCGGACUCAUCAUCAGACACGGAAGCCAUUUUUGCGGGGGAAAUAAAGGAGAUGGGGGGUCAGCAGCUGCUUCUGGACUCGGUUCGUCGCCAUGCGGGUGAGGGUUUCUCUUCUGAAAGACACAAGAUCCCGACAGUCUGGCAUGCCAUUGAACAAUUUCCAUAUCUCGAAGAAGGCAGCGGAAUCAGUGGGUUGCAUACAGUCGACCGGGAAGCUCUUCGCAGGUGGUUGAAACUGCGGCGUUGA